AAGCAUCCGGUUGGCAUUUCCACCCACUACCAAAUAUGGUGAUGAGAGGAAGCACAGUGGCUGGCAGUCUGAGAAGAUGAAGCGAGAUUCAUUUUGGCUGACGUUUUCUGUUACAAAACUAGAAUCUGUUACGAACAGAGUGGACAAAGUUUUGUACACUUUACCCUUUGCCAGAGGAGUGCAAGGGUGAAUUGAGACAUAAUGUCAGAAGGGGACAGUGUUGGUGAAUCGAUCCAUGGGAAACCAUCCACAAUCGGCAGCUUCUUCACACGGGUUGGACAGAUCUAUCAGUCAUGGCUAGACAAGUCAACGCCGUUCUCCAUAGGGCGAUGGGGAGUCACUCUUUCUCUAACGGCCAUCUACAUGAUCAGAGUGUACAUAUUACAGGGUUGGUAUAUUGUAACAUAUGCUCUGGGAAUCUACCAUCUUAACCUGUUCAUCGCUUUUCUAUCACCAAAAGUGGAUCCAUCAAUGCUUGACGAAGAUGAGGGCCCGGCGCUCCCCACCAAGCAGAACGAGGAGUUCCGCCCGUUCAUCAGGAGGUUGCCCGAAUUCAAAUUCUGGCAUUCGGCAACGAAAGGCAUCGUCAUUGCCAUGAUUUGCACAUUCUUCGAAGCCUUCAAUGUGCCUGUGUUCUGGCCCAUACUCGUAAUGUACUUCAUCAUGCUUUUCUGCAUCACCAUGAAGAGGCAGAUCAAGCAUAUGGUCAAGUACAGAUACCUACCCUUCACACACGGGAAGAGGACUUACAGAGGCAAGGAAGACACAGGGAAACCUUUUGCUAGUUAAAAUAACCCCCCCCCCUCCCCCAUUUUGAAAAUUAAAAGUUGUGGAAAAAGAGUAUAUGGUGGGGAACAGGGGUCAGUGAUUAUCUGUGAGGGGAUUGGGGGAAAAAAGAGAAAUGGGAUAAGAGUUUUGAUCCAAAAUGGUGACAGUGAUGGAUGUUAUUAGUGCUGAGGAUUGCUGUAGUCACAAGAGAACUCUGCCUUUGGUUAUUAUGGGGACAUGAGUUGGCGAGCCAUCUCGCAGCUACGGGAUAACAUUGUCUUAAGUCAGUGGAUGAAACGCAGUGUCGCCCUUUGCCUUGUAACCCCAUGGGGUAAGUAUAAACUCUGCUAGAGGGGCGGCACUGGAUGAAUUUCAGUAGAAAUUUCAGUUGUGGAUUCUUAACGACUAUCCCUUUUCAACUGCUGUGCACUGCUCUGUCUCCAAGCAAAGUAACUACUUUUGAUUGAAGACUUGGUACCUACUCGUUUAUAACGUGUAAUUAUGGGAAGUCCUUAGGUUUAGAUUGAAAUAACGAUAAGAUGUAACAUUUUGAAAUUGAAGUAAAUAUGAAAUAUUUAAAUUGAUGAAUGAUGUGUCUCUGAGAUCAAGUGUAUUUUUGCGCCGGCUUGAAACCCCCCACCCACCAACCUAAAUUUGUCCACUGUUAAUUUUCAAUGACUGGUUAUGCUUCACUUGAACAAGGCUUCACUAGCUACAUACAAUACCUAUCAUACUGUAACUAUUCAGAACCAUAAUCCAACCAUCUCUUUUAUGGCAAAAGCAGUGAUUUAUGUAUAGGAGGUUGGCUAGAUAACAAGUCAGCUCAGAGUGCAAAUCACUGCAUGGCCAAGACCGAGUUAGUGUACUCUCCAGAGAAUAAACCAUCAUGGAGGAUUAUGAAAUGUUUCAUGUCAUGUUUUCUUUAAGACAUUAUGUACAGUGAGGUUUAAGAAUGCCUCGUUCAAGUUAAGUGUGGCUGAUUUUAUUCAAAUGUGUUCUUGUUUUGCCCUAUGUAGCCAUAUAAUCCCUUUUUGUGUUUAGUCCAUCUGCUUUCCCAUCAUGUCAAAAGACGCUUUGCUUGUACAGUUGAAGAUAAAUAUAAUACUGUGUCAUUCAGCACUCCUGGAAACUAAAUGAUAGAGAUUACUUUAUGGAGGUGGCAUCUAGCUAUGGACGAGCCAAUCAAGUUAAACCUCAGAUUUUUCCGAUGCACCCCCCUGUGAAUAUAAUUUUAAAUUGUUCAUUUUUCGAGAUUAGAAUUCUUAAAGUAACUGUCCAGUGUUUCCAGAUUUCUAUGAAAUAUGACCUAUAAUUAAUUACAAUAGGGGUGAAAUAGUUUUCCUUCCAAAAAAUGGUUAUUAAAUAUGUAAAACAGCAACUUUUCUGUGUUGAAAUGGUGUGGGCAUAUCCCAACAGAAUGGUGUGGGCAUAUCCCAACAGAAUGGUGUGGGCGUAUAACGGUCAUAAAAAAUAUGAAUUCAAGUAGACCGCUGAUUGGCCAGCUCAUCCUCAGGAGGAUGACAACAUCCACCAUGAGGAAAUGGCUAGUAUUUUUUUUUGAAAGGUGUGUAUAACACAAGUUUGAGGUGUGGUUUUUGAAGUGUACGAGUAUAGAAGAGUCGUCAACAUUAUUUUUGUAUGAGUUAACAGAAAAGUUAGAUUUUCUCUGGACAGUUACUUUAAAAUGUACUUUAUAGUAUCAUACCUGUGUUAUAAUUAUUAUUUCCUUCCAAAAUACCUUAUACACUGAGGCCAACUGUUAAGAAACUGGGGUCCAUUCCAUGCAAAUAUAGCAGCCUUGAUAAACUCAUAUUCUGUAUUUUACUUUAGACAAAUAUGUGGUCAUAAUCUAAUCAUUCCAAACAAAAAUAUUUUCUCUCUCUUCUUUUGCAGAGGAAACAUAAGAAAAUUGAGAUUGAGAGCUUUUAAUGUAACAAAUGGAUGAAGGGGGUUGUGAACACUUUUUUUCUUUUUUUUUGGCCCCCACCCCUCACAUUUUUGGGCAUUUUUAUCAGUAUGCCGGUCGGGUAUCUUAUGAAAAGUGUGCAGUAGUAUUUUUGGUAACCAGAGAGACAUUUUGGAAAACCUUUGAUCAGCACUGUAAAGAAGGAUCAGAUUUUUUUCCCCCCUGUCAAAGUACAUCAUGUUUCCAAGAGUUGUCUUGCGGAUUUAUAUAUAUGGCAAAGAUAACAUUUGUUUAGAGAUUAUUUUGAACAUGUUAUUUUUUCUUCGAACAUAAUGGGCUACUAUUUCCAAGUGUUCAAUUUAUCAUAUGCCAUAAAAAAAAUGAAUGAAAACAAAACUGGUAAAAUUGGAUUCUAGAUUUAUAAACACUUUCUCAAGAAAGAGAUUGCAUGUUCUUGUUUUUUCUUGUGCUGCAAUUAUAAACAAAACUUGAUUUUAA